AUGGUCCUGCGUGUACACCAAAAACGUAUCGCAGAUGAUGGUCCUGCGUGCGUAGGUACACCAAGACGUAUCGCAGAUGAUGGUCCUGCGUGCGUAGGUACACCAAAACGUAUCCCAGAUGAUGGUCCUGCGUGCGUAGGUACACCAAAACGUAUCGCAGAUGAUGGUCCUGCGUGCGUAGGUACACCAAGACGUAUCGCAGAUGAUGGUCCUGUGUGCGUAGGUACACCAAAACGUAUCGCAGAUGAUGGUCCUGCGUGCGUAGGUACACCAAGACGUAUCGCAGAUGAUGGUCCUGUGUGCGUAGGUACACCAAGACGUAUCGCAGAUGAUGGUCCUGUGUGCGUAGGUACACCAAAACGUAUCGCAGAUGAUGGUCCUGCGUGCGUAGGUACACCAAGACGUAUCGCAGAUGAUGGUCCUGUGUGCGUAGGUACACCAAAACGUAUCGCAGAUGAUGGUCCUGCGUGCGUAGGUACACCAAAACGUAUCGCAGAUGAUGGUCCUGCGUGCGUAGGUACACCAAGACGUAUCGCAGAUGAUGGUCCUGUGUGCGUAGGUACACCAAAACGUAUCGCAGAUGAUGGUCCUGCGUGCGUAGGUACACCAAAACGUAUCCCAGAUGAUGGUCCUGCGUGCGUAGGUACACCAAAACGUAUCCCAGAUGAUGGUCCUGUGUGCGUAGGUACACCAAGACGUAUCGCAGAUGAUGGUCCUGCGUGCGUAGGUACACCAAAACGUAUCGCAGAUGAUGGUCCUGUGUGCGUAGGUACACCAAAACGUAUCGCAGAUGAUGGUCCUGCGUGCGUAGGUACACCAAAACGUAUCGCAGAUGAUGGUCCUGUGUGCGUAGGUACACCAAAACGUGUCGCAGAUGAUGGUCCUGCGUGCGUAGGUACACCGCAAGUACAACUAUCUGACCUUAAUAUAGCAUUUAGGUGCCCUAAUAAUAGUUGACUUACUGAACUACUACAUGAUACCUGUAUGUAGUUGUUGCGCUUAGUAUAGCUAUUGACCUGAUGUACUCACUGAACAGUGUCCUAGAUGAAUGAAGACAAUAUUAUAACACAGAAAAACGGUUACAGGAACAGAGAAUCCCUUUUGACUUGAGCGGGGAUGAGCGGGGAACACUUUUAGAAGUGCAGAUAUUUUGGUUAUAUAGUCUAGAGAAUAUAGUUACAUCAGAUAUUGUCCCUCUGGCUAAACUGGGGAGAUUCUAACAGCUGUGUUAGGUUCUAAAGUUCCCCUUGCCACUUCUCAGUAUUACUUCUCUCUGGUUUCAAAACACCUUUAUUCUCUCUGCCUUGCGUGUUUUGGUGCAUUCUCAAAUGUAGCUGUAGCGACUACCGACAGUCAGUCAGUCAGUCGGUCUGUCUGUCUUGUCCGUUGCAGUUGGAUUGAGACACAGGGAUAGCAGGGAUCCAUCUAGAGGAGCCAUCUUGUGCAGUUGGUGCUCUGACAUAGCUGUCUUUGUUUCCCCGUGCUUCCGUAAUGAGAAGGUCUAGUUUGGUCUGUAGGAAGAGGCCUCCUACACUCUACUUUAAUGACGCUGCAGAAGAGAAGAGCUCCGCUUCUAGAUGUGCUUCAGGCCAGGGCCCUUAAUAGAAGGGGAGAGAAAGAAAGAAAAAUAAAGAAAAGGUCCUAGCUUGAAACAAUAUUGCUGUUAUAGUGUGCAGGCUUGUGGUGACCAUGUGAUUCCGUAAUGGUGUCGAGCCGGGUCCAGUUGGCAUGGUUACGCGGCCGAGUGGCACAGCAGAGGUGUGUCCCUGUCGACAGCAGGGACACUCAUUCCUACGGUUUAACACCCACCCUCCAUGUCUUCUACCACACCUUCUUCUCUCAGUCCUUCCCCCAAGGGUCCCAUUGAGUGUGUCACAGUGGGCCAGCGUGUCAAGGAGGGUAGAGAGGGAUACGACUCUCAUUCCUCUUCUUCAAAGCCAUAAUGUCUAACUACUUCCUGGUCCGUCGCUAUGUUUAGUCCUAGAGAGCUUUAAGUAGGAGCCUAAUGGGCGCCAUUUAUACCCUUGACCUAUCAGGUCCUUAUUUCCCUUAUGUCAUAACUGACCUUUUGAUCCCAAGUCUUCUGAUUGGUUGGCUCAGCAUACGUUGUAGAAUGCUUUGAGAGGAACAACAUCACCCAGUCAACACAGUCUCAAAGAUAAGAUUGAGAAUGGCUCUUUCUGUAACUUAAUUUGGUAAUUCUUCUUCCCCCACUAAAGCUUCCCAUGCUUUUCUAUGCAACACAGUUGUGCCCUACUCAUGGAAGAUAAGUCUCAUUGGUACAUAGUGACAGCACAGUGGACAAUGUGCUGUUGGCCUUCAUGUACCCCUCUCAUUAUGAUCCUAUGUUAAGCCAGCUGUAGUGUACAAAUGUACUUGAUAUCCCAAGCACUUGUCUUGCUGCCACACAGCUCUUGAAGUAUUUGUCUUCCCAUUUCUAAAUGAUUGAAAGCCAUGCCCAGUAAAGGUCAUGUACCCUUGUGUUAUAUUUGUCAAGCGUUUCGAAGUACAUUCGGCAGCAUUCCUAUCCUGGUUCCAGAUCAGUUUUUUUCUGACUCCAUCGCUGUCAUUGUCAAGCCAAACGUGUUUGGCAUGAUAAUGAGUGUAAAGGAGUUGGCAUGAUACACAAACAGACUGGCAACAGCAACCCCACAAAGUAUGUACAUGACAUCACUCCCAACAGUCCCGGGACAUGAGAAAUGUCACUCCAAAUCAAUUCUCCUAUUUGGAAUGCAAGGCUGCUUCCCUAUCCCACCCAGAGAAGAACAACAUCAUUUUAAUACAUUUCAUCUCUUCAAAUGAUAAACAAACAAUAAAUGAACUACUAUUUGAGGACCUGUAGGGAUGAGACAGAGAUGAAUUUAAUCAAUUCCUGUUUGACAGUGAGAGUCCUUGAUUUAAAGGAUUUAGAAUAUUCAGGGGUGGAAAUAUUUUUUAGAUUAACAAGAUCUUAACAGAAGCUCAACGGAUUUACCUCUGAGAAGUUCUCAACCAAACCCCCCAAGAAUAGUGACCUAAAGUUAUUGAAAAGGGCUGCGAUUUAUUAAUAAUGCAUUAUUAUUUUCCGGUUGUCUAGCUUUGCCUUACCAUAAUAUGGUAUGUAGAUUGAACAAAAAACUUGCCCUCGAAUUGACUGUACGGUCAAUAGGAUAGAAUAAAGAAUAAGGUCAUGGAGCAGCAAUGCUCUUCUUGUGUAUUACAAAAGUGCCUGCUUUUGUGACUUCAAUUCUCGUGGUCCUGAACAUUUGGUGUGAUCUCCAUCUCUUUGAUUAAACUAGGACCAUAUAGAUAGUUGGGUAUGUAGAUGAGGGAGUGUUCCUCCUGGAGGAAUGGAAGAGUACGGUAAGAGUAGGCCCAACUGUGUUUGCUGAAAGGAGAGAGUGAGUCUGCCUUGGGUUCACAGGUAUAUCCCUUUCUGUAUCCCUCCGCCCCUCUACAGGGUUCAACACAGGGUUAUGCGUUAUGCCCGCGCAGCCUAGCAGAUGUUAGAAUGCCAGUCACACUUAGUAUUUACUGUCGCAGGGUCACUCUCAACACAUUCUGACUGGGGAGGGCAAACCUGUUUGUGUCUCUUUCCCACUACAGUAGCAUUCUCUGUAACACAGGCCAGGUUAGUGGAGCUACAGUACUGUAUUUGAAAAAGCUCGCCAAGCUAUGCUUCCAGUGCUGACAGCUCGCAUGCUUUGAUGCUCUCUGGUGUGCCUCCUCUUUCUUGUAAGCAGUCUUGAGGAGAUUUGUCUCUGUGUUGCCGUCUCUUUCCGACUUACCAAAUCUUAGCUUUAAGGCUCCUUUUUUACUAGCUUUUUUUAAUUUAUGCAUUUUUAUUGUAUUUAUAUUUGAGAAAUGCUGAAACUGUAGUUUCAUUGAUGAAAUGACAUUGUAAACAGCGGGAUGUGUUUCCCGCUCAUAACCAUCUGUUCAGUUAAUGUUCAUUAUUUCAUCAGGGUGGUCUUAAACACGGGCUGCUUCCCAAAUGGCACCCUAUGCCCUUUUAUAGUGUUCUACUUUUGACCAGAGCCUUAUGAGCCCAGACGUUCCCAAAGUAGUGCACUAUAUAGGGAUUAGGGUGCCGUGUGGAACGCGGCAACUAUCGCACCAGGCAGACAAUGGUUGUGUCCGAAAUCUGUUUUGCCUGCUACUUCCUAAAACGACAUACUGCAUACUAAUCAUUCUACAGUACAUACUAUUCAGAACGUACUGUUUAGUAAAAAUGUAUGCAGAUAGUGAACAACACAUAUCUGAAAAUGCGUCAAGGAAUGCACACUUGUGUUUGUUAGUCUGUCCCCUUUUUCUGAUUAUCUGCCGUUGUCAAAAACAUGUGGCUCUGAAAAGACAAUUCUCGUCCUAAGUAGCAUGCAGCUAUUCAUACUAGAUUAAAAGCCAAAAUUAAUACAACAUCCUGGCAUGUAAAGCAAACAACAUUUUCUAAAUGUCACAUACUAUAAAACGCUCUAUUUUCGCAUACCUAAUCAGCCUGCUAUUUAGAACGCAAGUACAAAUAUUUGGACACGGCCGAUAUGUCUCCUCGCUACCAGUAGAACCUCUACUGUAGAAGGACUACUGGUAGGAUAAUAGAAACAUGAACCAGUUAUCUUCUAGGUGGAAAGGGUUCAGUUUGGGGUCCAUAAUCUUUCGCUUUGUUGUAGUCUAAUAUUACUGCUGUAAACGUACAACUCCGUAACACGAGUAUAUUCAAUAUGCAGUACUGUAUGACGUACUGUCCUGUUCAAGUCCUUCACCUCGCCAGCCACCACAUUGACUGUACAGUAGAACUUGUUUUUCUCACCUGUGACAGGAAACUAAAAAUGGAGAGUCUGCUCCGAGGAUCGGUUUUCUCGUGUGUUUUGUGUUAAUCUUCCUGCCAAUUCUGUUUUACUUCCGUGUUUGCUAUACUGCUAUUUAAUUUGUGCAAUACGAUAACGAUUGAAAACAUACUGUUGUACACAAUGCUAAUUAUUUAUAUGUAUAUGACAUACAUUAUCUAUAUCUGUGUGUAAUUGUCACGAAGUUCUUGAGCUUGUCAAAAAAAAAGAGAAAGCUCCAUCUGAAAUGCACUUUAAAUGAUUGUGUUGAGAGACUUGGAACAGGAAGUAAUGAACUUGAAAACAUAUUGAACUGCUUUCUGUUUAAAUCUGACUCCUUUUUGCUGUGAUAUCUGAGGCUACGGAGUGGCUGAGUGCUCAAAUAAAGACUGCACCAAAUCUA